AUGGCAAUAUCGAAAGCAGACAAGCGUAACAAGUUCCUCGCCGUAUUCGAGCGCAUCCGCGAGGAACUUAUUGACCAUAUGAAGUCAGAAAAUAUGCCUGAGGACGCUGUGACGUGGUUCAACGAGAACCUUGUUUACAAUGUCCCGGGAGGCAAACUCAAUCGCGGCAUAUCUGUCGUCGAUACUGUUACAAUACUUCUCAACCGACCUCUAACUGACGACGAGUACUUCAAAGCCGCCCUGCUUGGAUGGUGUAUCGAACUCCUACAAGCCUUUUUCCUUGUAUCUGAUGACAUGAUGGAUGCUUCCAUCUCACGACGCGGUCAACCUUGUUGGUACCGCGUCCAUGAUGUCAAGGGCCUCGGAAAGGUCCACAACAUCGCAAUCAACGACUCCUUCAUGCUCGAGGGUGCAAUUUACCACCUCCUGAAGACUCACUUCAGGCGAGAGAGCUACUACGUAGAUCUGUUGGAACUGUUCCAGGAGGUCACGUACAAAACUGAGAUGGGCCAGCUCGUCGACUUGAUCACUGCCCCAGAAGAUAACAUCGACAUUCGCAAAUACAGCCUCGACAAACAUACUUUCAUUCUCGCUAUGCGCAUGUGUGGUGUCCCAGAUGUAUACGAGAUCAACGGAAAGACCAUCGAGGCAUAUAAAGAAGCAGACCGGAUUCUCAUUCCUAUGGGCGAGUUUUUCCAAGUGCAAGACGACUACCUAGACUACCACGGCACCGAGGCAGAAAUCGGCAAAAUUGGCACGGACAUCGUUGAUGGAAAAUGUUCUUGGUGUGUGUGCACAGCACUCACGUACGGCACCGAAGCGCAGAAACAGCUCCUGUAUGAAAACUACGGGAAGAAGGGCGCAGAUCAGGCUGUACGGGAGCAAGCUGUGAAGGACAUGUACAACGACGAGCAGGGGUUGAACAUUCCCAGGCGCUAUGAGGAGUAUCAGAAGAAGGCUGUCGCAGAAAUCAAUGCGAUGAUUGAUCAGGUGCCUGAACCUGAGGCGCACGAGGCGGGCAAGGGCAAUAGGUUGAGACGAGAUGCGUUCCGUGCCUUCUUGAGCAAGAUCACUGACCGCAAGGCAUAG